AUGAUGCAUCAUAAUACACUUAAAUUCAAAAUUCAUCUAAUUUUUAAAUAUUUGUUUCAGAUCACAGCUCCUCGAUUUCCGGUAGUAAUAAAGAUUGGCCACGCUCACGGAGGACUAGGAAAGGUCAAAGUGGAAAAUCUAAACGACUUCCAGGAUAUGGCCAGCGUAGUUGCCGUAGCUAACACGUAUUGUACCGUAGAACCGUACAUAGAUUCAAAAUAUGAUAUUCACGUCCAGAAAAUCGGAAAUAAUUAUAAGGCUUUCAUGAGGAAAUCAAUUUCAGGUUGUUGGAAAACAAAUACUGGGUCUGCAAUGUUAGAGCAAAUAUCCAUGCCAGAAAGAUAUAAAAACUGGGUCGACGAAGUUUCAGACUUGUUCGGUGGAUUAGAUAUUUGCGCGUUAGAAGUUGUAGUCGGCAAGGAUGGACGUGAAUACAUAAUUGAGGUCAACGACAGUGCUCUAACACUGCUGGGCGAUACUCAAGAGGAAGACAGAAGACACAUAGCCGAUCUAGUAUCUUCAAGAAUGCAGGCCAUUUGUAGACCAAGGACUCCUCCUCCCAGUGAAGAGCCUCCUCCGCCACCUGUUGGCCCACGUGGUAUUCUGGGAAGCCUCAGUAGCCUUACACACUCGGAGACGCCACCACCGAGUGCAACUUCAGAGGCUCCCUCUUUGGCAAGUGUUGGUAGAAGAGAUAGUCAAGCCUCACAGUCAAGCACAAUUAGCAGCGCACCCAGUACAGGACGUCUUCCAGAUCCCCCACCUCGUCCCGGCUUCCAACGCCAAGGCAGUCAGUCACAGUCUCUCGUAGAAGAUACGGAAGACACCAUGAAGAACCUUAGAAAAACCUUCGCCGGCAUUUUUGGGGACAUGUAAAGAUCAACCAAACCAAAAUCCACUUCAAAAUAAUACCAAUGUAUUUGUUUUCAUUGUUAGGACCGUUGAACACAAGUAUCUGCCCAAAAUGGUUAGAAUAAUGAUUCUCAGGUAACGAAAUAGGUCUGGAAGAGGUAGAUAGUCGAAGAUUGACAAAAUAUGCUUAGGUUGUAUAGUUAAUAAAUGAAAUUCCAGGCUGUUUACCUGCGAAGGCUAAGGACUAUUCUUCCUAGUCAGUCCUCCGAUUCGGACAUCGUACCACCUUGAAUUUUCUAUGUUUUCUCUUAAACUGUCUCCAUAUUUCUCUAUCCUCUGCAAAUCUGAAGCAAAGGUUUAGUGGAGCUGUGACCUCUUUUGUAAUGUGGUCCAUAUACCUUGUUGGUGUUCUUCCCCGGACUCUCGCCCUUGCACCAUCCCCUGUAAUGUCAGCUUCUCAGAUCAUCUCUACACACCACAUGACCAAAGUAAGCGGUGAUUUUUUCGGUCACAAUGUUUCGAAGCCUACUGGUAACGUGCAGCUCUCUAAGAAGAGAUUCAUUGAUUCCUCUUGCGGUCUAGAAUAUUCACAACAUUCUUCCAACAAAUCCACAUAAAAAAUGGAGAAGACCAUUUUUUACAAGCCUUAUCUUUGUAUCCAUGGUGAUAUUGUGGCUUUUCCAUACUUUGGUGAGCUUUAUUGUUUCUCCCUUGACCAUGGCUGUUCCUAUUUUGCAACAACAUAUCAUUGAUUCUGAUAAUGUCUGGCUGGUUGUUAUUUCUUCUAUCUAUGAUCAUAAUUUUUGUUUGUUUUCUAUUUAUUUAGGGAUAACCCUGCUUCCAAAUAUACUCGUUCUAUUGCUUCUAACAGCUCCAUUAAUUAUUCUAAGGAUUCGGCGAAAACCGUUGUAUCAUCUGCCUACAUUAAAUUGUUUCUGAGAAAUUUAAUUCUGAGAAUGGUUCGUGCAAAAUGGCUUCUCCAUAUAUGUUAAACAGAAUAAGGCUUAUCACGCAGCUUUGCCUUGUUUUUACAAUCCUGAACGUCUCCGAUAGUUCUCUAUGUGACCUCAGUUUUGCAGAGUUUUCUACGUAGAGGUUUACCAGCAAUGGCACUAGGUGUAUUGCUAAAGUCCAUGGUUGACUUGUUAUUAGGAAUCUCUAUAAAAUGUUUUAUGCUUAAAAGAUGGAGGAGUAAGAUGGAGUAAAAUUUAGGUGUUCUGAAAGGUGCGAUUGCCUCGUUGAUAACUAAAGGAAAAGUCCUCAGCCUCGAUAAAAAAUGGCGCUUCUGGAACUAUACUUCUACAUAUUACUUUUCAAAAAUAUAUACCAAAUACUGAAAAUUUUAUCAGACAAGUAGUUCCUUUUAUGUAGUUGCUUAAGUAAAGAACACAACAACUAAUUUAUAAUAUUUUUUAUAUUGUUUUGUUCAAAACUCUUUGCUUAAAUCUUCAACUAUCUACCUAAAGUAUUAAAUACUUUCUGGCAUCACAACAUUUUGGACGGAAACUUUGAAGCUCUUUACGUGAGGUUUGAAUUUUGCUAAGCAAUAUGUUGAUAAUGAUAUGUUACUCACUGCCUUGGGCCAGGUACCUCCAGGUACCUCUUGUUAAGUUAGCGUAGUUGUUGAUCUGAAUGUAAAACAGAAUCAAGUCAUUUUGAUGUUCGUUAAAGAUAUUAGCAGAUGUUUUAUGUUAAAAUCAGUUUAAGAAGACAUACGCAACAUUAUAACAGUUUCUAACGUAGGUUAUUUACAGAAGUUUGGAAAAUUUGGUGCACUUUAAAAAAUAUCAAAAUUUACUUAUAGGCAAGACAUUUCCAGAUUAUAAGAGUGUAGUAUCAUAAAAAUAAACUACUUGUUAUUGUUUUUUGUAAUAUUUAUAUAAUACUUGUUUUCAUAUUUUUGUAAUUAUUUUUUCUGUUAACUUUCCCUUUUCUUUUUAUUUUAUGUUCUUUAUAUUGACCUGCUGCUGUAUUAAGAAUUUAUUUGCGAGAAUGUGUAUUUCGUGAUUUUCUCAGCUAUAUCUUUCAACCAAUAUUAUGAAAUAAUUUAAGACUACCCAUUUGUGUCUUCGGUAUUAUGCUUAAAUUAUCCUAAAAUCUAGCAGCAACUAAGUAGUAUCCUGUUGGGGAUCUAUUCUGUCCAAUUUGCUCUUAAUAAAGAUUUCUUUUUAGCUAAGGUCCACUUUUCUUCUUCUAACUAAGGGUAUAAAAAGAAAUCAAUUGGGCACUCAUAAUACUACAGAAGAAACAUAGGAAAUUAUCUAUUUUCAGAACUUAAUUUUCAUAAGGUCUCUAAUUCAAUAAUUCCGGCAAACAAAUGGAGAUUAUAGUUUAGAAAUGCACGCUUCACAAUGGAUACCUAACUACACUUGAGAGCAAAAUAAUCGACUCACUUGCUGAAUUGUACACGUUAGAAAUCUCAAAUUUCCUAAACCUGUUUUCCGAUUUGAGUUAUUUUUUUUAGUAUCUUAUAUCCUUAUUGUUUAAGAAAAUUGAUGUAAUAUUAUUGUUGCUAUGAAGGGUAAAGGUCAUUUUAUACUGGGUGUAAAAAUAAGUAAUACUGUGUUUUUUUCUUAAAGUUCGGAACACUCUGUGGAAUAUUCUCGCACAUAAAAAAUAUUUAAAUUAAAAUUAAAUUGUAGCCUUGGGCUUUAUUAACAUUUUCUUUUUUGAUUCAUUUGCUUAUGUUGGAUAAUAAAAAAGUUAGGUAGGUACGUUGACAACUAGCGAUGUUUUUCAUCAAUAAAUCCUCAUUCUUUGCUUAGUUUAAUAAGCAAGCCUAAAGUAGGCUAUGAGAAAUUAACAAUUUAAUGGAUGUCAAAUGGUUAACAGUCAAGAAGUGUUUGGUUUGUUGUGAAAAUUAGUAGAUUUAUUAUUUAAAGUUUAAAUUAAGUCCGUAGUUUUUUUUGUUAUUUAAUGGGAAUGGAACGCGCUACAAGGAAUUUGACCCGCGAUGAGUGUGUUCAAGUAGUGAUCUUACAUAGCGGAGGACUUAGCUACCAUGCUAUCGGCUCCUUAUAUUGGUAACAAUUUUUUGCUAAUGCACGAUAAUGCAAGACCACGUUCACGAACUGUAACCGAAUAUUUACAACAGGAAAAUCUUCGGACUUUGUAUUGGCCAUCGCAUAGUCCAGAUCUUAACCUGAUCGAAAUUUUGUGGGACAUAAUUGGCAGAAGACUACGACAGCGUUUGCCACCUCCUAGAACCUUACAAACAGUAGCUCUCGAGAUUUGGAUUGAUAUUGAUCAAGACCAAAUAGCAUACCUCAUUUGUAAUAUAAAAGUACAUAUCUCUAUUAUUAUCGAACAUAAGCGAAUGAAUCAAAAAACAAGUUGUUAAGAAAGCCUAAGGCUACAAUUGAGUUUUAAUUUAAAAAUUUUUAUGUAUGCUACAAUAUUACACAAGGUGUUCCAAACUUUAAGAAAAAAUCACCGUAUGAUUGUUACACCCCGGUAUAAAAUGACCUUUACCUGUCUAGCGACAAUAAUAUUACAUCGAUUUUCUUAAAUAAUAAGGCUAUAACAUCCAAAAAAAUCACUCAAAUCGGAAAACAGGUUUAGGAAAUUCGAGAUUUCUAACGUGUACAAUUCGGCAAGUGAGUCGAUUAUUUUGCUCUCGAGUGUAUAUCCAAGAUAAGUCAAAUGUCAUCUGGAAAUUGAAGGGGAAAUUAUAAAUGAGGUAAUGUAUUUUCCCAACAGAACUCGAAAAUUACCGGCCCAUAAGCCUAUUAGACCACCUCUACAAGUUAUUCACAAGAAUAAUAACAAAUAGACUGGAAACAAAAUUGGAUUUUUACCAACCUAGAGAACAGGCGGGUUUUAGGAAAAACUUUGGCACUAACGACCACCUACACUGCAUAAAAGGAAUUAUAGAAAAAUCUAUCGAAUACAACCGACCAUUGGUCCUGGCUUUCGUAGACUUUCGCAAAGCAUUUGAUACGAUUGAAAUUAACAGCAUAAUGAGAGCAUCGGAGAAAAGUCAUAUAGAUUAUCGGUACUCCAAACUGAUAGCGAACAUAUACAAUAAUGCAACCAUGGCCGUCCGACUACACAAAGAUACCAAAUCUAUAAAAAUCAAAAGAGGAAUUAGACAGGGAGAUACGUUAUCUCCCAAACUCUUUACGGCAGUCCUUGAACAUGCUUUCAAACAAUUGGAGUGGGACGCCAAAGGAAUAAAUGUCGACGGUGAAAGGCUCUCCCACCUACGAUUCGCAGACGACGUAGUUCUUAUAACAGACAACUUAAAAGAGACUAGAACUAUGCUUACUGAGUUAGAUGCCGCUUGUAAAAAGUUGGUUUAAACGUAAAUUUUGGAAAGACACACUACAUGACAAACCUGGUACCAAGCGAAAAUCCAAAAGUCGACGUCAACGAAAUAGCAUUGGUCCAUAAAUAUAAAUACUUAGGGCAUGAAAUCCAAAUUGCCAGGGAAAAUCAAACUGCUGAACUACAGAGAAGGAUUACCUUAGCAUGGGCCGCAUAUGGAGCUCUAUCAGACAUCUUCAAGAGCAACUUGCCAAAUUAUUUGAAAAGGAAGACGUUCAACCAAUGUGUGCUUCCAGUCAUGACUUACGGCGCUGAAACAUUAUCGUUAACCCAGGCCACAGCAACGAAACUUUUAGAGUGGCCCAAAGAAGAAUGGAACGGUCACUACUUGGACUGACUCUCAGAGACAGGGUCAGAAACGAAGAAAUCAGAAGAAGGACAGGCGUCACAGAUGUCAUAGAGCGAGUAGCAUGGCUGAAGUGGAAUUGGGCGGGUCAUGUAGCCAGAAUGAAGGACGGGAGGUGGACCCAAAAAAUUACGGUGUGGAGACCAAGAGAAGACAGAAGAAGUAGAGGUAGACCACCUACAAGAUGGACAGACGACGUCAAAAGGAUUGCUGGGAAUUGGUUGCAGAAAGCCCAAGACCGACAAAAUUGGAAGAAAUUAGGGGAGGCCUAUGUUCAACUUUGGAUGCAGAAAGCUGGAUGAUGAUGAUGAUGAUGAUGAAUGUAUUUUCAUAUAUUUAGAUCUAGAUUUAUAAUGUGUUGUAAGUCACAAGACAUCUAUUAAGAAACACUCACUUCAAAAAGGAAAACAGCAAGUGAAUAACAAGCAUCUAGAAUAGAAAAUAAAAACCAGAAUAUACACAACCUACAUUACAUAAAUAUGAUAUUAAAAACAGAUAUGAAUAAUAAAAAUCUGAACAACAAACUGGACAGAAAAUAACAAGGCGAUAUUAACAUAGAGUAAAAUGGGAAGGAUAGUAAAUGAAGAAGGAACUGGAAAUAAUAAAAAUCGAGCAUGAGGGACCGUGAAGAAUAGUUAAUGUUGUAAGAUAAAUAAGGCGAUUAGGAAGCAAUACCACCAUUUAAAUGACUAUUUCAUUGUUUAUUUCGUUUUCAAAACUACUUUCCUUAAAAAAACAUAAACGAUUAUGAAUAGUUCACGAAAUUUUCCAAACAGUUCUAUUUAUUAUCAUUAGGUAGUGGUUAAAUAUGAAAUGACAAUAUUACUACUUGUGUCCUAAAGUUUCACUCUCCUCUAAAUGUCAUCUGUAAUCUAUAAUUAAGUUUUUGGGUAAGUUUAUUAAGGUGUGUUAAGUGCAUCGAUGGAUACAAGGCAACGAACUCUGAUUUGGAUUUUUUGCGGUCCACAAAAGAAUCUGGCAAUUUGUGUAGCCCCACGUUGGGCGCCAAAUUUUAAUUUUGCCCACUUGUCUUACUUAAUUCCAAAUAUUAAUAUUGUAAUUUUUUUCAAUUAUAUUAUUGAGGAAAAACACAGUUGAAAAAUACAACUUUUUAUUUGAUGUAUUCUCCAUUUUUAUGUUGUUUAAUAGAAGUUCAUUUUCACUCUACACAUGAAAGGUGAAAUAAAUUAUUUGUUUUACAACUGGGGUUUGCUCUAUCAAAAGAAAUGGAAUAAUAUCAAAUAGUUUUCUCAAUGGCAACUGUGUAUUGUCGGUACUUUUGAAAUUAUACGAUGGUUCGUAAUUAAUAAUAACACCUUCUAUAGUAUAUCAGGUCAGGCAGUUGAGUGAUGUGCUUACUUACUUACUUAAGUCGACGUUUUAUUAAUUACGUUGUCGAGGUAAGUGGGGUAAUCAGAUGUCUCCAUGCUUUUCGGUCAGUAGCUAGUUCUUCUGUCUUUCUCCACCCAAUAUUUCUUUUUGCGAAAUCCUUCCCAAUAUCUGCGUUCUAUGUUUUUGCUGGUCUGCUUCUUCGUAGUUUUUUUUAUCUGAUGCAACUUUCCAUACCAUAUUUAUAGUUCUACAUUCACUUAUUCUCGCAAUAUGGGCGAAUCACGAUAACUGUUUCGUUUCAAGUCAGUCAAGUUCUAAGCUCAUUCCGAUAUAGCACCAUCCACGUAUUUCUUCGUUUCUUAUACGAUUACGUUUGGUCACCCCGGUUACCGCUCGCAAAUAUCGCAUAUCGCAUGCUUAAAUUUUACUUCUAACUUUGUGGUUCACUGUCCAAGUUUCAGUACCGUAAAGUAGUACCGACUCGUAUACAGUUUUGAAUAUUUUCAUUUUUGUUUUAAGAUUUACGUCCUAUUUACUAAUACUCGUAAAACUCUUAUUUAAUUCAUAAUAUAAUUUUGUUGCACUCAUUACCCUGCUAUUUAUUUCUGGUUCUAUAUUACCUUGUCUAUUCAUUGUUAAUCCUAGAGCUUGAAAUUCUCUACUUGUCGAAUGGUCUCAUUAUUUGGCUUUACAUGUAUAUUUUAUUGAAUUUUCGAUAUUACUAAAGCUUCUGUUUUUUUCAUUAUUUAUUUUCAACUCGAAUUUCUUAAAAACUCCAUUCCAAAUAUUCACGUUCACUUGCGAGACUUUUUCUGAUGCUGCCUCAAUUACCUGAUCAUCGGCAUAUAUCAACUCUGACCCGUAUACACCUAGGAGUUUAUAAACCCCGACCCUAGUUCUGUUUACCCUAUCCCUACAUUCUUUUGCAAGUUUGUACAUUAGAAUGAUGAAUAACAAAACUCUUAGGACAUAACCUUGUCUUAUACUUGCCUUAUAUGUAAAAUUCUAGAGAUGAGCGGUUGUUCGUUCCUACAUUAUUAUAUUAUGUAUAAUUUAUAUAUAAUCUUUUCUGCUUGAAUUAGCUUCGGUUUCACAUUUCUGCGGUUUAAUAUUUCCCAGAUCUUGAUACUUAGUCGAUCUAAGGCUUUUUUCAAGUCCACAAAAAAGAGAAACAACUUACUGUCAUGCUCUAGCGCAGCGGUUCUCAAUCUGUGGUACAUGUACCACUGGUGGUACAUUUCAUUUUUUGAGGUGGUACACAAAACGCAAAAACAGCCAAAAUCAGCACAACUAUUAUAGUUAAUUAGAUCACCUAGUUAAAUAUGUAUUUCAGUUAGGUGGUACCAAAAAUAAUAAAAAGUAUUUGGUGGUACAUGACACAAAAAGAUUGAGAACCGCUGCUCUAGCGUUUUUUCUGAUAGUUGUCUCGCCGUGAAUAUGAGGUCGGUUGUACCUCGUCUAGCCCGAAAGCCACAUUGACUGUCAUCCAGGAAGCCCUCGAUAUUUCCUCUCAGCUUUUUCUCUAGUAUCAUUUUGUAGAUUUUACUUGCAUUUACCAACAAUGAUAUUCCCCUGUAAUUUGAACACUUUAGUUUGUCACCUUUUUUGUAUAAUGGGAUAAUGUUGCAAGAGUCCAAUCUCUAGGUACCUAUGCAUCCGGUAUGCCAACAGAUCCUUAUGAUUUUUCCUAGUAUGUAAUUUUAAACCUUCUCCUUCUAUAUAUUUAAAAGUUCAGCCUUAACAUUAUGAUGCUGUGUUUACUGUACUGUAAAAAUAUCAUGAGGAUUAUAUAAGGAAAAAGUUAAAUUUUGUUAUUAUUAAUACUAAUAUUAGCAAUACAAUUACAAAGAAAAAUCAUAAGAACCAAGGACACCCUCAGUUUGUGGAGGGUUUAAAAAAAUAUAUUUUAUAAAAAUACGUACCCAAUAGCCUAGCACAUUAUAGUGUAUUAGUACUUUUGUCAAAUUGAUUCUUUUGUGGACAGCCGAUAUCUGAAACCAUCAUUUAGUUUAGGCGUGCAGCCAGCAGUGUUAACCAAAAAUGAUCUCUGCGAGGGCUUUAUUCUCAGUGAUGUAGUUACAGUGAUGUUAAAAAUACAUGUUGUGAAUACACUGAACUCUGUCAAUAUGCGAAUAGGCCUUAAUUGAUAUUAUUACAAAUUAUAAUAUAGAUUUUACAUGAUACGUAGCUGUAGUGAAUAAAUAAGUAGAAAAGUAAUUGGUUACCUCCAUUUACUUUGGUUUAGCAAUAUGAGGGUUAGGAAAUUUUUAUAAAGUAUAAUUUGUUUACAGCUAGUGCCAUUUUGAAAAUAUCAGCAUUUUUUAUAUUCUAAUUGUGAAUUUUUUUGUUUUUUUAACAUUACUGUUGACAACUGAAAUCUUAAUUUUUUUAAUAUUUAGACAUUUAAAUUGAAAUUAGUUCAGAUAUGUUGAAAUAUAAAAUAUGGGAAAAAAGGCAAAGAAACGAUUAUUAUGCAUCCUUAAUUUAAUAUUAUGGAAGAAAAAAAUGUUGCCUAGAGCAUGGUCAAAUGGAAUAAAAUUGUACAAGUACACAAGAAGGAAAACAGAAGAGACUGUCAGAACUAUAGAUACAUAUCCCUAUUAUGUGUACCUAGCAGCAAAAAUAUAUAAAAUAAUAAUAGAAAGAAAAAUCAGGAUAGAAAUAGAACAUAAACUGGAGGACGUACAAAACGGAUUCAGAAAAGAACAUAACCCACAAGACCAUAUCUUAACCAUGCACCAAGUAAUAGAGAAACCCUUAAAAAGAAUAAAUAAGUAUUCACAAGUUUUGUAGGCAUGGAAAAAGCAUUUGAUUAUAUCGAAAGGAAAACUAUAUGGGAGAGCCUGCAAAAGAAACAAGAGUAAACAAAGACUUGGUAGGUUGAACAAAAAGUACAUAUGAAAACAAUAAAUACAAUAAGAACACAAAAUAUGCAAUCGCAACCAUAUUUGAAACAACACAAUGAGUUAGACAAGGAGGUAGUUUAAGCCCAAUACUUUUUAUAAAUUAAUGUAAUAGAUGAGAUAGUGAAAGAAUCUAAGAAAAUCUUUAAAAAAUACUGUAUAGGAUGAAAUAUAAUGUAAAUGAUAAAUUGAAAGAUAUGCGUAUUUGCAGGUCACAAACAGCAGGAAAACUGAAGCAUACUUUAGAAAAAUGGAAUUCAAAAGCAAAAUAAUACAACCUAAAUGUAAAUAAAGGGAAGACACAGAUAAUGAAAAUAACAAUGAAAAAAGACAAGGAUGACCUAACCGAAGUGGAGAUAGAUCAAGAAAAAAUAAAGCAAACAAACAUACAGUAACCUGGGAACAGUAAUAAAUAAUAGAGGAAGCAUCGAGGACGAUUUCAAUAACAGACUAGGACUAGACAGUACAAGAAAAUUAUUCCAGGCUCUAAAUAGAGGAUUCCAUUACUUGACACGAAAAAGGAGAAAAAAUUAGCAUGGUUUGGCCAUUUAACACGAAAGGACAGUAACUGGCAAGUGAAAAGAAUUUGGGAAGGUAAAACAAUAGGGAAAAACAUAAGAGGCAGACCAAUAAAAGAGUGGAGCAGCGACAUAGCCGAUAUAUUACAAAAUAGGGGCAAAUCUUAGUAAGAGCCAACACAAAUAGCGAAGAGCAGGAAAGAAUGGAGAAAAUUCAUUAAAGGCUAGAAGUUCCUCCAAUGGUAGAAGAGGAACGAUUACAGUAGAUUCCCUGAAUCUUUACCCGUGCGUCAUCAUUUAAAGCAUACGAAAUAAGUCGAUUAUAAGUCGGAAAUUGAAAUUUACUAAACGCAACAGCAAGUCACUACUGUCACUUGCUGUUGUGUUUAGUAAAUUUCAAUUUCCGACUUAUCAUCGACUUAUUUCGUAUGCUUUAAAUGAUGACGCACGGGUAAAGAUUCAGGGACUCAACUGUAUGUAUGUUAUGUAAAUUUAAAUUUCUUAAGGUUUUUUUCAUAAAUGACACUAGAACAUAAACAAAUUCAAACGAUCGUUAAAUAAAUGCACUAAUUAAGAAGGGUGUACCUAAAGUGAUCACGAUUCGCCAUAUCAGUUGCAAAUAAUUUUUAUAUUAGUUUUUAAGCCUUAUUGGGAAGCCCUUCUGCAUCAAAAUUAUCACUUAUCAGUUGCUUAGACCACAGUCUACGUUUGGCAUAUCUAAGCUUAGGCAAUCAGUACUAGGUUUAUAAAUUUUGUUAAGAAUCUAGUGAGUUGGUAAUCAGGGUGUGACUAAAAUCUAAAAGGGAAAAAUAUGUAAAUAUAAGAUUAUACGUUUUCAUUUCAAAGUUUUAAGACAUUUUCGUGUAAACCAAAAGAAACAUGUGGAAGAAUUAAUAGUGAUGUUAUAUUCGAGGGAGUAUCGACAAAAUUAAAAACUUAGACAGACAUGGGAAACAUCUUGUUAUAUUGGGAAACAAUUGUAUUUCAGUGAAUGUCAUAAUACAUUUAGGUUGUUGGUGUUGCUUCAAAUAUAUGCAACAAUUACAUUAAUUUACAACCUUUUUAGGUUAUCUAUGACCGCCUUAUGCUUCGCAUAAGGGCUAUUCUAUGGUAGGCUGUAUAUGAGGCUACUUUAUCUCUCUCUCUCUCUCUCUCUCUCUCUCUCUCUCUCUCUCUCUCUCUCUCUCUUGUCGUUUCCCCAUUACUGAGGACCGUGAUUUCUUCCAAUAUUCCCAACAAUGUUUCUACAUUGGUUUCUAUCUUCAGCUGCUGUAAGAGCUUCGCAGAAUGAGUUUCCAGCUGAAUGCUUUAUUUGGUCAGACCAUCUAGUUGGUGAUCGUCCUCUUGAUCUUCUCCCCGGAACGUUUCCAGAAACAGUUAAUCUCUCCAAACUGUCGUCACAUCUGCGAACCACGUGACCAAAGAAUUGCAGAAUUCGUUGCAGACAUAUUGUGGACAGCCUUUUUUUAAUAUUGAGUUGGUUUAGAAUGGAAACGUUUGUCCUACGAGCUAUCCAAGGUAUACGUAGCAUUCUUCUCCAGCACCACAUCUCAAAUGCAUCAAUUUUUUGGCGCUCGCAUGCGCGAAAAUUCCAAGUUUCUGCUCCGUAUAGAAAUAUUGAGAAUACAAGGGCAUUCACCAGUCUCAUCUUGAUAUUUUGAGAGAUUGAUCUGUCUUUCCAAAUUUUAAUUAGGCGACUCAUCGCAUUUUUUGCCAUAACAAUACGUCUCCGAACUUCUGCUUCACAGUUACCAUCGUUAGUUAUACUAAACCCGAGAUAGACAAAGGUGUUUACUAUCCGGUAUUCCUGUAACAUGUUAGUAAGUUGAAUAGUGUCGAAUCUGUCGACCACCAUUAUUUUUGUCUUAGCUUUAUUGAUUUUCAGACCAACUUUAUUGCUUUCAUACUCAACUCUUCGCAGAAGAUCAACCAUUUCUUGCUCAUUUGCUGCUAUUCUAUUGUAAUCUGUGUAUAAGGCAACUUUGGACCACUUAUUACUAUGACCACAUCUUUUUUUCUGUUUCUCUGUAUUCUCCUAACUUAUAAAACAUAAGAAAAUCUACGGUUUCGUUUUGAUUUACAUAUCUCCCUCCAUCAUCCGAUAGUACUCUUUUUAGGUCUACCUGUUGUCAAGGAUUCUCUGAGGAAGACAAAUUUACACCAACACGACCGUAGUUUCUCGAUAUAAAUUAACUAUUUAUAUCACAGUAUGGUUAAAACGCCCUCUAAUGGGGAAUAAGUGAAAUGAAUUUCGACUCGAUUCAAAUUAUCUGUUUACCCAGGUAUGACAAUACCAAAAGGCACCGUUAGGAAAAUAUUCCAAUUUACAGUUCAGAGAACCUGUAUGAAACGAGUCUGUGUACUCUAAUACAGAUUAUGGCAUUAGUAAAAUAAGAAAAUCUACGGUUUCGUUUUGAUUUAAAUAUGUCUCCCUUCAUCCUCCGAUGGUACUAUUUCUAGGUCUACGUGUUGUCAAAUAGGCUCUGAGGAAGAUAAAUUUACACCAACACGACCGUACUUUCUCGAUAUAAAUUAAAACUAUUUAUAUCGCAGUAUGGGCAGAACGCCCUCUAACGGGGAAUAACUAAUAACAGCACUAUCGGUGGAUGGAGGGAGACAGAUUUAAAUCAAAACGAAACCGUAGAUUUUCUUAAUUUACUAAUGCCAUACUCUGUAUUAGAGUACACAGACUCGUUCCAUACAUGUUCUCUGAAUUGUAAAUUGGAAUAUUUUCCUAACGGUGCCUUUUGGUAUUGUCAUACCUGGGUUAAACAGAGAACUUAAAUCGAGUCGAAAUUCAUUUCACUUCUGUUUGUCAGCUCUUCUGACUGAAUCUUCUUUCUGUAAGUAAGAGUGAUGGUAUUAAUUCUACUUAUCCUUAUACAGGGUGUCCAGAAACUCUACCGACAAACGAAGACAGGAGAUUCCUCAAAUAAUUUUAUGACAAUUUAACCCAAUUCACCUAGUCCGAAAAUGCUUCCUAAGGGAGUUAGAGCUCUUUGAAGAUGGCGCCAUGUAAUUAGUUUUUCUUUAAUACCUCCAGAACGCUUCUAUUUAGAAAAACGAAAAUUGGUAUGUUUAUUUACUUUCCUGAAAUGAAUCGAUUUCAUCCAUUGCGAAUUUCUAGUACCGGUCAUAGGCGUACGUUUUGGGUAGGGCAACGGUUACUUUAUUGCAUAACUUUUUUGUCUUCAACUUUAAAGCAUUUUUGAUACUGGAUUAUUAAAUUGUAAGGUAUUCUAGUACUAAAAGGUACUCUUACUUUAAGUCGAUAGGAUACACCGUUUUCUAGAAAAAUCUAUUUGAAAAUUUUUAGUUUUGGGAAUUUGAAAAAAAAAGUUAAAAUUAAAAAAAAAACGAUGUAUUUUACCAACUUAAAGCAAGAGUAACUUUAAUACUCGAAUAUCUCAUAAUUGAAUAGUCUCGUGUCAAAAAUACUUAAAAAUUAAAGACAAUAAAGGUAUGCUAUAAAAUAACUGUUGACCUACCCAAAACGGACGCCUAUGACCGGCACUAGAAAUUCGCCAUUAAUGAAAUCGAUUAAUCUCUGGAAUAUAAAUAAAUGUACCAGUUUUCAUCUUUCUAAAUAGUUUUUUUUUUAAUCUUUUUUUUUUUAAUUCAAGGAACGAAAAAUUUUCAAAUCGAUUUUUCUAGAAAACGGUGUGUCCUAUCGACUUAAACUAAGAGUAUCUUUUAGUACUAGAAUAACUCACAAUUAAAUAAUUCAGAGUCAAAAAUGCUUAAAAAUUAAAGACAAAAAAGUUAGGCGAUAAAAUAACCGUUGCCCUACCCAAAACGGACGCCUAUGACCUGUACUAGAAAUUAGCAAUGGAUGGAAUCGAUUCAUUUCUGGAAAAUAAAUAUGUAUACCAAUUUUCGUUUUUCUAAAUAGAAGCGUUCUGGAGGUAUUUAAGAAAAACUAAUUACAUGACGCCAUAUUCAAAGAGCUCUAGCUCCCUUAGGAAGCAUUUUCGGACUAGGUGAAUUGGGUUAAAUUGUCUUAAAAUUAUCUGAGGAAUCUCCUGUCUUCGUUUGUCGGUAGAGUUUCUGGACGCCCUGUAUACUGGCGUGCCCUGUUGAGGUACAUCCGUCUUCUGGUUGCUCCUCUUUUGUUAGUUUAUAUUCUCCAAAAUUUUCCUAAUCAUAAAUUCCACUUAUUGAUAUCACCAUAAAGGAGUUAUUUGUGUUGUGUGUAUAUUUGAUUCAUCUGGUUGAUUCGUUGGUGUUUCGUGUCUUAGCCCAUAUGGAACUUUAGUGCUAAACUUAAAAUUGACUAUAUAGGGCUUAUUGCUAUUUGCAUACUCUGUUAGAUGGUCUCUUAGAAGUGUACAUUGAAUUCGAUAGAUGGCAUUGAUGGUAGACCUGGAAAUUGUACCAUUGCACAUUGGCUGAUUAAGUCGUUUUUGAUGAUCUGUAUAUGGAAAAUCCUUAUUCUCCCGUUCCUCUGUGAUAUAUUUCGGUUUCUUAUUACCUGUUAAUUCUUUUAGUACUACUUUAUAUCAUAAGCUUCUCCUGUAGACAGUAGGUACUUCCAUUGGAAUAAAGUUAUUUUCGUUUAUGAGGGCUUUUGAUAUUUUCUCUGUAUCCUCGCUGCGUUUAUCUUAGCUAUGCUUUUCUUUCAAUUUAUUAUUUUGUCUAUGACUUCGACAUUUUCUGUGAUGUUGUCCACAAUUUUUCCUCACUAAUAUUGGCUCAAUAUUUUUAAAGUGUUUUAUGUCGCUUCUAAAUCAUCCAUCUGUGAUUGUUGAUAUUGCUUUAUCUUGGAUAUCGGGUGCUUUUCUGAACAUUUUGAGUUCGUUGGAGUAUUUGUUCGUGUAUCUUUCUCUUUUGUAUUAUCUCCAGCUAUAUUACUUUUUAUUGUUUUUAUUUUGCUGUGGAGGUUGUCUAUUGUUGCUUUUUGCUCCAUGCAAGAGACCAAUAGCUUCUCUUAUUUCGUCAAUUUUUUGUUGUUUUUUUUAUCUUUUAAUUCUAUUCACCACUGAAAACUAAUCCUAAUAACAAUUUCAAGCUCACGCUAAACUAUACUUGUUUCUCCAUUUACUAGAUUAUUUUUUCAAGCUUGACUAAAGUUGACUCUGAAAAUUUUCACUUAAAAAUAGAACAGAAAUCAAUGCAAUAGUGGGGAAUAUGAAUAUAAUACAGAAACAGUUACAAAAAAUAAAAGUUAUUGUUGUAUUAAAGACAGAUAGCAGCCAAAUAACUUCAUAUGAUUUGGGCAUCUUAAAUGUAGAGAACGUAACACAAGAAUUGAUAAUAAAAUACACGACAACAAUUUAUAACACAGUAAUAAAUAAAAUACAGUGGAACCUCGAUAACUCGGAUUAAUCGGGACCGCGGCCGAUCCGGGUUAUCGAAAAUCCGAGAUAGCCGGAGAAUAUGGUAAAAAUUAAUAAAAUAUGGUAUACUUACAGAUAAACUCUGUUAGAAUUGAAAUAACAUGAAAUAUAUUUAUAAAUAUGCACAGUACCUACUCAUCAAAAUUACUAAAAAAACACCAAACACAAACAUAAGCAAACGGAAGCGAACAAUACAAGACACACAAUACAGUCACAACGAUGUAAUGUUAUUUAAGAACAGUGAAAACUAAAGACCAUUGUUUAUAAAAGAAUUUUUUAAAUAGUCUUUCCUAAACAAUGCUAAGACAGUUUGAAAUAAAAAGGAAUAGGUACUACAGACAGGUGCCUGUUUUUUCUGCGGCGUGUGCUAUGAGUCAUUUUUAAUAUCGUAUAGUUCAAAUUACACACAUACACAUUAUCUCUCAAAUAUUAUAUUACAUACAUUUUUAUUGUUGAAAGGUUUGUCUGAUAAUUAACUACUUUGAUGGGAAAUAAGCCACAAUUAAAUUGAAAAAUAAUUUUAUUAACGUUUCACGACGCCCAAAUCAGGUCGUUGUCAAAAUAUAAAAUAUUGAAAAUCAAAAUGUUUAUCUGAUGAAAAUCGGUCCGGGUUAGCCGGAAUUCCGGGUUAUCGGGGGCCAACUUAUCGGGGUUCCACUGUACCUACUAUAAAGCACCAAUUCUUUGAAACUCAAAGGUAGAUUCUAUGGCAAAAUUAUAAAAAAAACAGAAUUAAACAAGAAUACUAAGAAGAGGAAGUACAGGAACACGAAGCCAAGAGAUACGCUUGUUGUUUAUCGACCUCAUCAGUCAAGCUGGACAGAAAUGGAAUACCAAAAUAUUUUGGCAUAGAAAUCACGAGAAAAAAAGAUAGGAAGACGAACAUAUGAUAUAGGGAAAAAAUGAUAAAGAGAUGGGAUAACGACAUCUGGAGGAGGACUUAUGGAAUGAUCGAUCGAAGAAGAAUUUGGAAAUAACAAGAUGAUACAAAAAAUUUGUAAACCGAUAUGUUAUGAUACAAACAUAGCAGGAAUAUAAUGAAGAUACAAACAUAGCAGAAAUACAAACAAAUAUUAAGGUACACUAAGUAUAUGUAAAUAUCGUACAGUUUCAAUGAAAAUCCGAACAAAAUUAAUCUGGCGUAGACGUUUAAAACUUUAUUAGAAGGGUGUAGCUAUGCAAAUAAUCUUUUUAGUUACCAAAAGGCAAAAAUAUUGAAUGAAAUGGAAUAAUUUUCGUAGAAUUUCGCCAUUUGAUGCAGUUUUUUCAGCACCUGCUAUUAAAAAUUCAUUACUAUGUAAAAAUAAAAAACAAGCUACAUAUUUUUUAUAUCCGUACAUUUCUUUUUUCUUAUCUGAGCACCUAUUUCUUGUUUUUAAUAAGUUUAUCUGGCUAUUAGGUAGUAAAAUUGAAUAUAAAUUAAGUACAAAACUUUUUAUAAAUAACAUAAUGUAAAGUUUAACACAGAUAAGUAGUUUUAAACUUUUUUAAAAUGAGAAGUACUCUAAACCACCUUGUUGCUGUAAAUAUCAAAAUCAAGCUAAAAAAAAGUAAUUUUAUGAUCGUUGUUACAUUGUAUUGUGUUGUUUUUAGUCUGAAAAUUGGAGGUAACAGUAAAUAAUUGAGGUUGUAGUAGAUCAGCUUAUACCAAAUUAAAUUUGCAAAUUGUAUAGUGUUAUAUUGAUGGAUAUUAUAAUAAAUAAUAAGAAUUUG